AUGAAAACGGCUUUCUCCGUGGCGCUCUUCGCCCUUGGCACGACCCUAAGCGCCCAGUGGGUAUACACGACCAGCGGCAAAGCAGUUCGCUGCGAAGACGACCCGCAGCUGUCCCACGCACGCGACCGCUUUGGGGUAUCUGGUAACGGCUUUGGCGGUGCAGUUGACACUGACGACACGUCCGACGACGAUCCGAGUUCUGCUACGGGCAAAUACGUCCGUCUCCUUCGAUGCGGUAGCAAUAGCACCAGCAGCAGCAAAGACGAGUCGACGGUGAGCCGCCCCCGGCGCAGUUUGUUGUCCUUCUCGUCUUUGAAUACGCCUUCGCCUUCUGCUGCUUCUGCUUCUUCGUUCUCAAAGGUGACGCGGCUGAGCGUGCGCGUGCAAGGCGACAAACCCGACUGGGACGCAAAGCACAAGCGCUUCGUGUCGUCGUUCUACGACAAGUUUGACGACAAGGACCGGGCCGCACUCGAUACGGUCAACAUGGCGUCCGUCGAAGGAGCGCUCAAGUACGUCCAGGCCGAGUGCAUCAAUGCGUCGGUCGUGACCAACUGCACGCGCAAGAACGGCGUCAAGUACGUCGUCUUUUACCAGACGACAGUCGUACAGCCUCGAGCUGCGAUGAAGCACUACGCCAAUGCUAUGGACGAGCACGACUUUGCCCUUGAGAGCUGUCCGUUCGUGCCAUUAGACGGCGGACGGUGCAACCCGAACGCCAAAGGCGCGUUCCCGAAAGAGUGCAACCAGUACAUUGGAGCUGCUGGGGAGCCCAAGUUGGGCUUUUGCGUCGGAGGUACGUUGCAGGACAACGAGGCCAUUGCACCGUAUCCGCACAACUACUGGUUCUCGUUCCCGAAUAGCUGUCCCCAGCAGCUCUGGGACAAGAAGACUGACGCCUGUCGCAAGAAGUACCCGGGCGGCUUGUGCCCUCUCGGUGUCGAACCAGAUGGCGUGACCUGCACGUUUUCGUACGAGAUCUUAGGCUACAUCCUGCUCGACGACGUCGUCGGGAUCACGUCCAUGGUCAACCCAAAGACCAAAAGAAAGUUCGCCGACUACUACGAGUUCUGUAAGGCCGGCGGCGUGGAGUUCAGCGCCUCCCUCUCGAGCUCGCGCGGUGGUGUGAAGAUGCAUCGAGGACUCGAGUUCUGGGCCAAACCUGGCGAUCGGAACGCGAAUGCUGCACGUGUGAAGAAGCUCGUGUCUUCGUACGCUGCGGUUGUCUCGAAAAGGCCCAAAACGAAGGAAGGCGGGAUCAUGCGGCCACUGCCAACGAUUUCGGAGCUCUUGGCAAAGAAUCCGUCGUGUUCGGCCAACAGUUCACUCUGUGCCAAGUCGGAGUUUGGCUGCAAGCGCUCGUACUUUUCCCAGAUUUGUCAACGCUGUACGUCAAAGGAUUCAAACUGUGAAAAGAAGUCAAAGAAGUCGAAGAAGGAGAAGGAGGAGGAGAAGAAGAGGAAGAAGGAGAAAGAGGAGGAUAAGAAGAGGAAGAAGGAGAAGGAGGAGGAGAAGAAGAGGAAGGAAGAGGAGAGGCAAGAGAAGGAGAAGAAGGAGGAGAGGGAGAACGAGAUGAAGGAGAAGGCAUGA